CGCGCGCGGAGCCGCAGCUGUUCGGGCGGUAUGAGCGGGGGAAGAUGACGGAUUCACCGGUCGCGGAAGGACACAUUAAAGUCAGAGACGGCAAAAAGUGGAAAUCCCGCUGGGUUGUUCUCCGUAAACCCUCACCGGUGGCCGACUGCCUGGUGUUGUUGGUGUCUAAGGAGCGUGGUGCGAAGGAACGGAGCAGCGUGGUUUUGGAGCACAUCUGUGGUCUGGAGGCAGGAGGGAGCAGCGAAGGAGUUGCAUAUGCUCUGACUAUCCUAAGUCUGAGUCAGAUUGUUCAGCUGGGAUUUGAUAGUAAGGAGGCCCUACUGGCCUGGGACCUUCGGCUUCGCUACUAUCUAGGGGAAGUACAUAGUUUUAAGGUGACAGUCCUGCCUGGUACAAAGCUGGAAACUGGUCCGGCCACACUUCAUUUGUGCAACAAUCUGCUCGUCAUUGCCAGGGACGUCCCCCCUGUUAUCAGCGGCCAGUGGAACCUCCUGGACCUGCGCAGAUAUGGCCCAGUCCCCAGUGGCUUUGUGUUUGAGGGUGGCACUCGCUGUGGUUUCUGGGCUGGUGUGUUCUUCUUAUCCUGUGCUGAAGGGGAGCAGAUCAGUUUUCUGUUUGACUGCAUUGUGCGCGGCAUCUCUCCCUCCAGAGCUCCCUUUGGAAUCAAACCGCUGCUGCCAGAGUCCAGUGCCAGUGCAGCAUCUGCAGAGGAGCGACUGAACCAGGAGGCUGAGGAGUUGGAGAAGAGGCUCAGCCUGCUGUCUCAUAGCACAGCGUCCACCUCUAGUUUCAGUUCUUCAGUUACUGGAGAUGACCGCAGCGUAUCUGGGUCCUCUGACUCAGAAACCAGCCACUCAGAUUCCAGUAUUGGCAGCCGACUGACCCUGUGGGUAGAGCCGGGUCCAACCACCACAGCUGAGUCCACUAGAACUGCCUCUCCUGGAGAGGAGAAACUGCCAGUUAUUCCAGCCAGUGGGCCCAGACUGCCAUCAAAGCCCACUCUUUCACGGAGGCUUCAGGAAAUUGGCCGACAGAGCUCCUCAGACAGCGGCAUUGCCACAGGAAGCCACUCAUCCUAUUCUGGCAGCUUUUCAUCCUACACAGGCAGCCUAGAUACAGGGAGCCCCCGAGAGGAGUACGGCACUCUGCUCAGCCUACCACCAUUCUCCAGCCCCGAAAAGCAUCGGUGUACCUGUCCAGUCAGCCACACCCACGAGUACCAAGUGCCUUCAUCACUGCGUUACCUGUAUGACACACCACGCAGUCUUCUUGAAGAGGCCAGAGAGCAGAAAGAAGCUGCAGCCAGUGAACAGACUGAGGAAACCGUUAAAGAGCGGACUGAAGCCUCAGCUACUGCAUGCCCUGUUCCUGAAUCUCCUAGAGAUUUGGGGACUCAAGGUUCAUCCAGCAUGGAUAUACACUCUGACUGCCUGAUUUGCUGUCCCCAUCUGACUUCAUCUAGAAUGCUCUUCACCACCUGCCCCAUCUGUGGUGGCUUAAAGAGAGCACCCUUACCUCAGGCUGGAGCUUCACUACAGCAUGGUGUGCCAGCAGGUGGAAACUCUACCGGUUUCAUCUGUGAUACGUCAGCUCAAGCCACCAAUCUGGAGUGGAAUCCCCAAACAGAUAUGUCGACAUUUGCAAGUUCAAUUACAGAUAACAAACUGCAAGAGGGAAGCCCUAAGAGCUACAUAGACAAUCUGUCUGAUCUGUUCAGACAUUAUUCUCAAUGGAAGAUGGAUACAGUGUCAAUUAAACCAAGGCUGCCUGAUCCUGUAAGGCUUUAUUGUCCUCCAGGGAAGAAUAGCCUGAGAUCAGCCCAAUCUGGUUCAUAUAUCCCUAUGGCUUCAGCAUUAGCAUCACCUCGGUGCCCUUCAUCUUGCCAAGUUUACACCACCAUUCCUUCCCAGCAUACCUCCCGCUCAACAAUCUAUGAGAACUGCCUACAAUGUAGAAAAGGUCAGGAUGGCUGCAUGCUGCCCAAGGCUGUUCCUCCAGUAAUUGGUAGCUUGAGCCACCCAUCUGAAUGGAAGAGCACUGGUGGCCAGGGUCACUUUCCCUUUCUCCAGGAGCUGAGUGCUAGUUUCUGGGGAUUAAGCUUUGAGAUCCUCCCUGCGGAAGAACCUUCUCAUCUCCCUGCACUCACCACCCAGCCACCCUUGCAGCUCGGUAAUGGAGAAACAGUGGGAGAUAAGAAGCAGAGAAGUCAGGAAGAAAGAGAGAAAAUGGAUCCUGCCUAUGAGAUCAUGGAGGGCCAAACCACAGACAGGAGCUCAGAGUCAGAUGAGAAAAGCGGAUUUGAGCUGAUUGGCAGCUAUGGGCAGCAGAGGAGCACUGAUGAUCCUGAAGGUCACUAGGUGCUUCUCGGUUUUUCUUCUGCCUGUCCAAAUAAGAUGAGAUGACAGUUGGAAGCAGCAUAAACCAGACUGUAUCUCUGCUUCAGAGUUUUAUUAUGCUUUGAUUUGGGUCUCUGCCUGGGAAGUUUGUUGAUUGUCUCCUCUAGAUUUAUUUUCUUGAUGGCUUUACUCUGUUCUGCUUUGCUUUCAAUUUCAAUUUGUCCCAUCACUGAGCCUGUUUCAAAUGAUUUACUGCAGCUUGGCAUUAGUCUUAAACUUACUUGGGCCAACAGUCUUAUUCUGUUUACACCAGCAUUACAGCCAUCCUCUCCUUCUUUGACUCCUCUGUCUGAUACAUUUUGCUUUUUGUUUAAUAAUUAUGAGUUAAAAGUAAACCUUAUUUAGACAUACACAUCUCUGCAGCCCUUUUUCCACCACCCAUUUUGUUUACUAUUUAAACAAAAGUGAAAGACAUGAAAUGCUACAAUGCUGUUAAGAACGCUUAGUAUGACUCCUAUGCUCAACCUGCUUUUAUCCACCUCCCUGACAGCAUGAUUUAACUCACCCCUACUCAUGCCUCUGUUUGUCUGUUUCAUGCAUCUCAUUUUCUGAGAGGCCCUGAAACCCUGCCAUACAGAAGUUGUGAUUAAGCCACUGUAUGUUGAUUCAUAUAGAAAUGGCCGGAUUGCUUCUGAAAUGAAUGAGUUUCUCAUGAGGCUAAAUAUACUCACCAUCCACUUUCAUAGGAACUUGUUCUUGAUUCCAAGAUUCCUGUUCUUGGCUGCAGGAGUGGAACCCAAUGUGGUCUUCUGCUGUUGCGUUCUUGGAUGCUUUUCUGCUCACCACGGUUGUAAAGAGUUGUUAUGAGUUACUCAUCAUCAUAUCUUGUCACGAUAGUGCUUUAUCCAGGAGAUGGCGGUGUUGGUGACUUCUCUUAGGUCCACAUCAGAGCAGUGAGGACCUAGUGGACAGUCCCGUAAGAUGUGGUCCAUCGUCUGUUCUUCACCGCAGGGACAUCUUGCAUCUGUCGCAAUACCCCAACGUGCAAGGUUCUUCUUCGUUGUACCCACUUUACUCCUUGCCCGGUUCAAUGUCACCCAGUCCUUAUGACUGAGAGAGCUUCCUGUUGGCAACUGCUCUUGAUGUUCGGGAAGCGCUGCGUUGAGAUCGGCGUCGUCUAGGUCUUUCCAUCUUUCAAGACGGAAAUUUGAUGUCUGAGCAGGGUCGAGAGGUUCAACGGUGACGAAGCUCUUGCACGAGGCAAGACGGCAAGGUACUUCCUGGUGCUGGUGAAGUGGAUGGCGCUCAUCGUUGGCCUGCUUGAACCGCUCUGCACGAGACAGAGCUUCUCGUCGUACGUUGGGCGGUGCAAUGCCCGACAGCCUAUACAGGCUUGGCAGUGGGGUCGCACGCAUGGUUCCUGUUAUAGUGCGGCAUGCGCUAUUCAGUGAGGGGUCUACUUUGUUGGCGUGUUCAGACCUAGCCCAAACGGGAGCGCAGUAUUCAGCAACUGAAUAGCACAGUGCUAAAGCUGUUGUUCGGAUGGUGUUAGCGUCGGCUCCCCAGUUAGAGUUUCCCAGUUUGGCCAGCAAGUUGUUUCUGCUGGAGAUCUUCUUCUUUAACUUAAGGAUGUGUUCCCUGAACGACAGUGUCCUGUCCAAGGUCACUCCUAAGUAAACGGGGUGCUUGGUGUUCUUAAGCAGCUUGCCGUUCCAUCUGAUAUCCAGGGUGGUCUUGGAUUCCUUGUUAUUCAGGUGGAAAGUGCAAACUUGAGUCUUUCCUGGGUUUGCAUUCAGGGACCAUUUUGUAUAGUAUUUGGUCAGUGCCUCAAGUGCUUCAGUUAGCCUUUGUUGGAUAGUCUUAACUAUCAGAUUGUGUCGCUAGACACAAAUCAUCAGCAUACAGAAAUCUUCUGACAUUGUUGAAGACUGGCUGAUCGUUCGUGUAAAUAUUAAAUAAUAUCGGGGAUAGGACAGAGCCCUGUGGUAGGCCGUUCUUUUGGCUCCUCCAGCGGCUCUUCCUUCCAUCCAUUUCGACAAAGAAUCUUCUGUUUGUCAACAAAGACUCUAUAAUUCGGGCAGUUGGGAUGUUGCUUACUGUCUUGGCUAACUUCAUGAGCAAUGACUUAUGGUUCACCGUGUCGUAAGCUGCGGACAGGUCCACAAACACAGCGCCAGUGAUCAUCUUAGCCUCGAAGCCAUCUUCGAUGUACUGUGUGAGAUUUAGAACCUGCCCGCAGCACGAUUUACCUUGUCGAAACCCUGCUUGUUCGGGGAUUAGUUGAUCUUCAACUGAGGGUGCUAUUCGCUCCAAUAACAAUCUCUCGUAUACUUUAUAGAGUACACACAAGAGUGAGAUUGGGCGAUAACUCUUAGGAUCUUCAGGCUCUUUCUCUGGUUUCAGAAGAACAACCACCCUCGAUUUUCGCCAUAUCUUGGGAAUGGUGUAGGAUGUCGCACACGAGUUGAAGAAGCUUACAAGCCAGUUCCUGGUUCGUCCCCCGAAGUGCUGAACAGUCUCCGGACGGAUUCCAUCAAGUCCUGCAGCUUUUCCUGGCUUUAGUUGUUUUAUAGCUGCAUUUACUUCUUCAAUCGUGAAUGGUUCGAAUUGGUCGUCACAGGUGUUCAUGACGCGUGCCAUUUCAUUUUUCAUCUUCUGUAGACAUCCUUUUUCUUUGUUGAUGGGUUUUCCAUUCAUCAAGAGCUGGUUCGCGACUUGGUUUGGUGUCACCGCAGCAGAUCGUCUUGGCGGCUCCUUGUUGCAAUCAAGUUUCCUAAUCGUAUUCCACGCCUUCCUGCUAUUGUGAGUUAAGUCCGUGCUGGUUAUGGUUUCUUUCCAUCGCACCUUUCUCUCAUCACUAACAAGUGUGAUGAGGACUUCGCCCAGUUCUAUCGUAUUCUCUGCAAAUGGAUCUGCAUUAUAUGCACGCACGUACUCAUCAAAGACUUCUCUGCUUUCGGUGUUUAGACCUGGGAUGUAUUCUUUCCUACAUCCUCUGGGAAUGUUGCACUUAGCACAAUCCCAUACAAGCUUCUGGAAAUUUUCAUAGUGCUGCGAUGCUGGUGGUAUAGCAGCAACACUUUCAUCUAACUCUGCAGUGAAGUUGUCCCAGUUUGCUUUACGGAAGUUGAAGCGUGACAUGGGCUUGGUGGUAACCCUUGGUCAUAAAACGGGCUUAGCUUCGACCAAGAUUGGUCUGUGUUGUGAUUUUGGUAUGAGGCUCAUAACUGAUUUUUCGAAGUUGUGAUGAUGUUCCGAGGAUACAAAGACGAGGUCUGGGUUGUACCCUUGUUUCCAUCUAGCGCUAGAGAAAGAUGGUUUAUCCUUUGCGCUGUGGAGUAGCAUCAAGUUGUUGUUUAGGGCCCAUUCCUCGACUGCUUCACCGUCAUUGUUAUUAUGGUCGUAGCCCCAUAAGGUAUUAUGGCUAUUGAAAUCCCCAAUAACCAAUAAAACCUUAUUUCCAAAGUCAAAAUUAGCGGGCCAUUCAAACGGGAUUGGUGGUGGCUUAUACACCGAGAUUAAGGUGACUUUCUCAGUUUCCACGCGAAGUAUUUCGAUCCCAUUUUUUUUUUCGAUCCCACAUUUUUCAUUGACAGCGAGCUAAACUUUGACAGUCACAUGAAAGCAAUCACUAAAACGGCAUUUUAUCACCUAAAAAACAUUUCCAAACUAAGAGGACUUAUGUCAAAAAAUGAUCUGGAAAAACUAAUACAUGCCUUCAUCUCUAGUAGGGUUGAUUACUGCAAUGGCCUUUUCACAGGCCUGCCAAAAAAGACCAUCAAACGACUUCAGCUGGUUCAAAAUGCAGCGGCUAGGGUUCUCACACGAACAAAAAGAACAGAGCGCAUUACUCCAAUUCUAAGGUCCCUUCACUGGCUUCCAGUAAGCUACAGAAUUGACUUUAAAGCAUUGCUGCUGGUGUACAAAUCUCUAAAUGGUACAGGGCCCAAUUACCUCUCUGAUAUGUUGCAGCGGCCUAACCCAAUCAGAUCUACCAGAUCGAAACAGAAAAAUUUACUAUUAAAACCAGUUGUUAAAACAAAGUAUGGUGAAGCAGCUUUUAGCUACUAUGCAGUACAGCUAUGGAACCAACUCCCAGAGGACAUUAAAAAUGCUCCUGCUGUUGGCAGCUUCAAAUCUAGGUUAAAGACCAAGCUGUUUUCAGAUGCUUUCUGUUAAAUAAUUAAUAUUGUCUUCUUUACAUUUUUUAUAAUCUUUACUUUCUCUGCAUGUUUUAAAUUUACUUUAACUUUAACUUUAUUCUAUUUUGCUGGUUUCUUUUUUCUCCUCCUAUUUGAACUACUACUUCAUUAACCCCACCGACAGUAGUCGGAGGGGUUAUUAUUUUCACCUGCGUCAGUCUGUGUGUGUGUGUAUCUGUCUGUCUGUGUGUCUGCAAGAUAUCUCAAGAACCAAUGGAUCGAUUUGGACCAAAUUUUGUACAUGUGUUGCCAAUCACCCAGGAAGGAAACCAUUAAAUUUUGGAGGUCA